AUGCGUUUGUUGGAAUCUUCUGCCCCUGGUAUACGUGAGGAGCUUGAAUCCAUUGGUUUUGCUAAGUGGUCUCGUGCCUACUCACCACGUAUGCAAUAUAAUGUCAUGACCACUAAUAUAUCUAAGAGUUUAAAUUCUGCUAUGUUGAAGGCUAGGGAGUUACCAAUAUGUUCAAUGCUUGAGGUUUUGCGAAUGAUGUUGCAAAGAUGGUUUUUUGGACGAAGAAAUGAAGUUGAUUAUCAAGUUACUGAUUUUACUGAAACCAUUGAAGGUAUAUUAAGGGAUCAGAUUGAACAUAUCCAAUCAAUGAAGGUUAGUCUGGUUAAUAAUAUGAAAUACCAGGUCAUAUAUGGAACUUUCCAAUAUGUGAUUUACUUACCUACGAAGAUUAGAAUUCCAACAAGAAUGGAGUUCAAGAGACGUAUUAAAUGUGGCCGUUGUGGACGUGUUGGUCAUAAUCGCAAGAAAUGCAAGUUUUCCUUAUUGAACUAG